GGAGAGACGACAGCAUCCUCUGAAUGUAGCUGCUGUAUGAGUUAAAUAGUGAGACAACAUUUGAAUUGUAUGUGUUCAUCAAUAAAUGGACUGCCAGUAGCUACGUAGGUGUAGCCUCGUUUAUUUAACUUCACUUCCUGGUCCAUAAAGUCGCCCAAACAUUAGUGAGAAGCUAGAACGUUAGCAUCCGGUGCUACCACCACUUGUUUCUGACUGCGGUAUGAGUUAUGGAUAUGGCGGUGGAGGUGGGAGAAGAGGCAGGAGAGGAGGUCGGGGGCACAGGGAUGGGAGCAGGGAGAGAUGGGACAGAGGAGGAGGGUCGAGAGGACACAGCUCCGACUUCGACCAGGACCGAGGAGGAGGAGGUGGACAACGGGACCGUCCUCCUCCUCACCUGAAGGGACGUGAGAUUGGUCUGUGGUACGCGAGAUAUGGAGCCGUGAGGAAGAAGCAGGCUGACCGGAGAUCGCGGGCAGUGGUCCAGAUGGAUGAGGCCAGGGAGCAGCACAUUACCAAGCUGCUUAACUCUGUCCAAAAUGAGCCUGGUCCAAGGAGGGACAGCAGGGAUGCGAGACCCUCCACGUCUGACAGCUGGCGGGCGGCUGCCAAUAGCAGUGGUCAUUGUUACUUUGAUGGGGAUUUGCCUGAAGAGGAAAAGCUGAAGGUUGAGCUCAAAUCUGAGGAAGAGGAGGAAGAAGUCACUCCAGGCCAGAAGAAAGCAACUCACAAAUCACAACGUUACUUCUCUCAGGCAGCUGUUAAGGAUGAGCCUCCAGACACGUGGGAUGAAGAAGAAGAGCAGGAAAAGGAAGAGAAAGAGAAACUGAGAAGGAAGGACAAGGACGUGGAGUUCUUAUUUCAGGAAGUAGUCAGAGACAGUUCACUGGAUGAGCGUUUAAAGAGAGAUUUGGAGAGCAAGAAAUCAGAUCCAAAGUACAGAGAAAUGCUGAAAUUCAGGGAAAAGCUACCGUCUUAUGGGAAAAAAGAGGAGCUGGUGGAGCUGAUCAACUCGAACCGUGUCCUGGUGGUGAGUGGGGAAACAGGGUGUGGAAAGACCACUCAGGUCACCCAGUUCAUCCUAGAUGACUACAUCAAUAGAGGCAUGGGCUCCAUGUGUCGUGUGGUGUGCACGCAGCCUCGUCGCAUCAGUGCCAUCUCGGUAGCGGAGCGUGUAGCAGCAGAGAGGGCAGAAAGUGUUGGGAAUGGAAAUUCUUGUGGUUACCAAAUCCGCCUGCAGAGCCGGUUACCACGGAGACAAGGUUCGGUCCUGUACUGUACAACAGGCAUUAUUCUUCAGUGGCUUCGCUCAGACCCAUUGUUGUCUAGUAUCAGCCACCUGGUGCUGGACGAGAUCCAUGAGAGGAACCUGCAGUCUGACGUCUUGCUCGUCAUAGUGAAGGACCUACUCAACCUCCGAGAUGAUCUCAAGGUCAUCCUCAUGAGUGCCACCCUCAAUGCAGAAAAGUUUUCUAAAUAUUUUGACAACUGUCCAAUGAUCCACAUCCCUGGUUUGACCUUCCCAGUAGAAGAGUUCCUACUUGAGGACAUUGUGGAAAUAACCAGGUACCGUUCUCAGAAUCAGGACCGUCGCCCCGCAUGGAAGAGAGGUUUUUGGCAAGGGCGCCACUCCAGACCUGAGAAGGAGGAGAAGGAGGCUGAGUACAAGGAAAGCUGGCCUUGUUACGCACGCACACUGCAGGGCAGAUACUCCGACAACACGAUUGAGACUCUGGAGCUGUUGGACAAUGAUGACAAGAUUGACCUGGAGCUGAUUCUGGCACUGAUCCGCCAUAUUGUUCUCAAUGAGGAGGAAGGAGCAAUCUUGGUCUUCCUGCCUGGUUGGGACAACAUCAGCAGUCUCAAUGACCUGCUCACGGCUCAGCAGAUGUUCCGAUCAGACCGGUUCGUUAUCAUCCCGUUGCACUCCCUCAUGCCGACCGUUAAUCAGACGCAGGUGUUCAAAAGGCCUCCUCCUGGAGUUAGAAAGAUUGUGAUUGCUACCAAUAUAGCUGAGACCAGCAUCACCAUAGAUGACGUUGUUUAUGUGAUAGAUGGAGGGAAGAUUAAGGAGACCAACUUUGACACCAACAACAACAUCAGCACGAUGACAGCAGAGUGGGUUAGCCUGGCCAAUGCCAAACAGAGGAAAGGACGUGCCGGCAGAGUGUGUCCAGGGAAGUGCUAUCAUCUGUACAAUGGUCUCAGGGCCAGCCUGCUGGAUGCCUAUCAAUUACCUGAAAUCAUGAGGACACCACUGGAGGAGCUCUGCUUGCAAAUCAAGAUACUGAAGCUCGGGUUUAUCGCUGGGUUCCUGGAGAAAGCUCUUGACCCUCCCACUGAAAAGGCCGUCAACCUAGCUAUCAAGAACCUCGUAGACCUGAACGCCCUGGACCGUUCAGAGAAUCUGACAGCGCUGGGUUUCCACCUGGCUCGCCUGCCUGUGGAGCCUCACAUUGGCAAACUCAUCCUGUUUGGAGCUCUGCUGGGCUGCCUCGACCCCAUACUCACCAUUGCUGCUUCGCUCAGCUUCAAAGACCCUUUCUUCAUACCCCUGGGCAAAGAGAAGAUGGCAGACAUGAGGAGAAGGACCCUCUCCAGAAACUCCAAGAGUGACCACCUCACUAUUGUCAAUGCCUUCCAGGGCUGGGAGGAAGCGAAACAGCGUGGUGCCAGGUAUGAGAGGGAGUACUGCUGGGACAACUUCCUGUCUGCCAAUACACUCCAGAUGCUGCACAAUAUGAAGGGCCAGUUUGCUGAGCAUCUAAUGCAUGCAGGCUUUGUCAGCAGCAAGGACCCCAAAGACCCCAAAUCUAACGUCAACUCAGACAAUGAAAAGUUGAUCAAGGCGGUGAUUGUUGCCGGUCUUUACCCGAAGGUGGCCAUGAUCAGACCGUCCCACAGCAAAAAGAGGCCGGGGGUUAAGGUAUACACCCAGGCUGAUGGAAAGGUGUGUAUCCACCCGAAAUCAGUCAACGCCGAAGAGACUGAGUUCAACUACAAGUGGCUCAUCUACCACCUUAAGAUGAGGACGAGCAGUAUCUUCCUGUACGAUUGCACCGAGGUGUCCCCGUUCUCGCUGCUGUUCUUCGGAGGAGAUAUCACGAUCCAGAAAGACGAGGACCAGGAAACCAUCGCUGUGGACCAGUGGAUCGUCUUCAGAUCCCCAGCACGCAUUGCUCACCUUGUCAAGAGUUUAAAGAAAGAGCUGGAUUCUCUGCUGGAGGAGAAAAUCUGUAACCCUGCUCCUGUGGACUGGCAAAACCGCCAGUCCAAAGACUGUGCUGUCAUAACAGCCAUCAUUGACCUCAUCACCACCCAGGAGAAGCCUACAGGCAACACUCGGGGCUGCGGCAGGACGUGGGCGUCUGCCCCGAGAGGACAACACAUUCACUUCAACGACGAUGACGACGACGACGAUGAUUAGAAGUGGCCAGGUUUUUCAGAAAGGAGCCGCGGGAAUAACAUACUGCAUUCUGGGAUACAGAGGUCAGUUGGUAUAUUUAUGAUAACCAGCUGGUUGGUGCUCCUAAAGGCCAAACCCAGGACACAAGUACUGGAACAUGUUAUGCACUAGACUCCCAUUAUUCAUCUUUUUGCCUGCUCUGUCAUUAUUUUGCAAGGACCAAUCCAUGUUCAAACACACCUAGUAGCUGUUGUGUUUUUUUCAGUGUUCAGUUUGUACGUUCUUGCUCUUGUUCUUAAGCAAUGUCACUAAAUGGACUGCACAAUAAAGAAAGUAUGCUGAAAACAAAAACA